AUGGAGCAGCAAGAAAAUCAACUGGACAGAGAAAGAUUCUGCUGUUCGAUCUGUCUGGAUCCACUGAAGGAUCCAGUGACUACUGUCUGUGGACACAGCUACUGUAAGAGCUGUAUUAACACCCACUGGGACAAAGAGGAGGAGAGAGGAAGCUACAGCUGUCCUCAGUGUAGACAGACCUUCACACCGAGGCCUGUCCUGGAGAAAAACACCAUGUUAGCUGAUUCGCUGGAGGAGCUGAAGAAGACUGGACUCCAAGCAGCUCCUGAUGAUCACUGCUAUGCUGGACCUGAAGAUGUGGCCUGUGAUGUCUGCACUGGGAGAAAACUGAAAGCUCUCAAGUCCUGUUUGAAUUGUUUGGCCUCUUAUUGUGAGAAACACCUCCAGCGUCAUCUUCAGUCAACUGCACUGAAAAAGCACAAGCUGGUGGAGCCCUCGGAGAAGCUCAAGGAGAACAUCUGCUCUCGUCACGACGAGGUGAUGAAGAUGUUCUGCCGCACUGAUCAGCAGUGUAUCUGUUAUCUCUGCUCUGUGGAUGAACAUAAAGACCACGACACAGUGUCAGCUGCAGCAGAAAGGUCUGAGCGGCAGAGAGAGCUCGGGCUGAGGAGACAAACAAUCCAGCAGAGAGUCCAGGACACAGAGAAAGACGUGAAGCUGCUUCAACAGGAGGAGGAGGCCCUCAAUGGCUCUGCUGAUAAAGCAGUGGAGGACAGUGAAGAGAUCUUCACUGAGCUGAUCCGUCUGCUGGAGAAAAGAAGCUCUGAUGUGAAGCAGCAGAUCAGAUCCCAGCAGGAAACUGAAGUGAGUCGAGUCAGAGAGCUUCAGGAGAGACUGGAGCAGGAGAUCACUGAGCUGAAGAGGAAAGACCAUGAACUGAAGCAGCUCUCAGACACAGAGGAUCACAACCAGUUUCUACACAACUACCCCUCACUGUCACCACUCAGUGGAUCUACACACUCAUCCAGCUUCAGGAUCCGUCCUCUGAGGAACUUUGAGGACGUGACAGCAGCUGUGUCACAGGUCAGAGGUCGACUACAGGACAUUCUGAGUGAGACAGAGACAGAGAUUUUACAGAUUGUGUCUCAAGUGGAUGUUUUACUGCGACAACCAGAGCCAGAGACCAGAGCUGACUUCUUAAGAUAUUCACAGGAAAUCACACUGGAUCCAAACACAGCACACAAACAUCUGUUAUUAUCUGAGGGAAACAGAAAAGUAACACGUAUGAGUGAAGAUCAGUCUUAUUCUAAUCACCCAGACAGAUUCACUGUUUAUUGUCAGGUCCUGAGUAGAGAGAGUCUGACUGGACGUUGUUACUGGGAGGUGGAGGUGGAGGUGGGGGGGAGAGGAGGAGUUGGUGUAGCAGUCACAUACAAGAAUAUCAGCAGAGCAGGAGGCUCAGAUGAAUAUUUAUUUGGAUUGAGUGAUAAAUCUUGGUCAUUACGUUGUGAUGGAUACACUUAUUACUUUUAUCACAACAGCAUCGGGACUCCAGUGUCAGGUCCUGUGUCCUCCAGAGUAGGAGUGUACCUGGAUCACAGUGCAGGUGUUCUGACCUUCUACAGAGUCUCUGACACCAUGACUCUCCUCCACAGAGUCCAGACCACAUUCACUCAGCCUCUCUAUGCUGGAGUUUGGGUUUAUUAUGGAGACACAGCUGAGUUCUGUAAACUCAAAUAGACUUGAGUCAUUAAAAGCAGUGAUUUAGAUUCUGUGUGUAAAUCUUUAACUUCUUUUGUCUCCAUGU